UGUUUUAUAGCUUGUUUGUUGUUGUGGGGUAGUACUCGGCUAGUUAUGUCUGGACGUGGUAAAGGUGGUAAGGGACUUGGAAAGGGGGGCGCUAAACGCCAUCGGAAGGUUCUUCGUGAUAAUAUCCAAGGUAUUACAAAGCCGGCUAUUCGUCGUUUGGCGCGCCGUGGGGGAGUAAAACGUAUUUCGGGACUGAUUUAUGAAGAGACGCGUGGCGUGUUGAAGGUGUUUCUAGAGAACGUGAUUCGCGAUGCUGUUACUUACACUGAACAUGCCAAGCGUAAGACGGUCACAGCCAUGGAUGUGGUUUAUGCUCUGAAACGCCAGGGGCGCACUCUGUACGGAUUUGGUGGUUAAGAGUCUUUCUCCCCCCCCCCCCCCCGCUUAAUUAACAACGGCUCUUUUCAGAGCCACCCAUCCUUUCACAGUAAGAGCUGGAUCAGUCUAAUCAGCACGGGAAGGAAGA